UUCAUUUCUGCUGGCUCUAGGACUUUGACCCUCUAUAAAGCUUAGCGAUGGAACAGAAGGAAAUUCUCAAGGAGGAAGAGUGCCCAGCUAGCACUGGAGAAGCAGCUGCUCUGGACCAAACUAUGUUCUCUACGAUGGAUGCCUUUGAAAUCACUGAUCCAAAGCCCUACAAGAGAAAAGGGAUGAAGUGCUUCAUGGUCAUAGUGGUCACCUACCUGAUUCUGCUCUCCGCGGGCACCGGGCUGCUGCUGCUGAAAGUUCUGUAUCUGCAGGAGCACCUCAGGGCCCUGGAGAUGCACUUUGACAACGGAACGCUGGCCGCUGAGGAGAGCCCGUCCUUCGCCAAACUCUGGUCGCCGCACAGCCCUCCGCUGCCUGCGGGGGCUACGAGGCUGCAGGUGCUGCAGGCCCAGCUCAGCCAGGUCUGCGCCCAGCAGGAGCAGCUGAUGCAGCAGGUGGACAACUUCACCCGGAGCCCAGAGCUCCUCAGGACCAAAGGCGAACGUGGCGCUCAAGGACCCCCAGGACCCCCAGGCCUGCCAGGAGUCAAGGGAGAGGCGGGUCUCCAAGGACCGCAGGGUGCUCCAGGGAAGCCAGGAGCCACUGGCACCCCAGGACAGAAGGGCAGCAAAGGCGAUGGGGGUCUCACUGGCCCCAAAGGGGAUGCUGGUGCUAGGGGAGACAAAGGAGACCCCGGCCUCCCAGGAAGCAAGGGGAGCAUGGGCGUGAAAGGAGACAUGGGGGUCAUGGGGCCCCCCGGAGCCCAGGGCAGUAAAGGGGAUGCUGGGAAGCCAGGCUCUCCAGGUGUGGCUGGAAUUCCUGGAAUCAAAGGAGACCAAGGACCGCCUGGAGCAGAGGGUCCUCGAGGCCCUCAGGGUGCAGCAGGAUCCCCAGGUGCCAAGGGUGAGCCUGGCAGUGCUGGCGCCACUGGGCUAACAGGACCACCAGGGAGACCAGGGAGUCCAGGACCCAACGGCAUGAAAGGAAGCAAAGGAGACACAGGACUUCAAGGACAGAAAGGAACAAAAGGAGAAUCAGGAAUUCCAGGCCCCGCAGGCAUGAAGGGAGACAGGGGAAGCCCAGGCCUGGUGGGCUCCAAGGGUGCAACUGGACCAGCCGGCCAGAAGGGGGACCCAGGAAUGAAAGGGUCUACCGGGCUGCAAGGAGUAAAGGGAGAAAAGGGUCAGAAAGGCGAAUCCCUGGCAGCCGUCAGGAUUGUGGGCUCUGCGAAAAGAGGCCGGGCCGAAGUUUUCUAUAACAACGCCUGGGGGACAAUUUGUGAUGAUGGCUGGGACAAUGCGGAUGCCACCGUCUUUUGCCGCAUGCUGGGCUACUCUGUGGGAAAGGCCCUUUUCAAUAUAGGCCCUGGCUCUGGGUCCAUCUGGCUGGACGACUUGGCCUGUCGAGGGACAGAGUCGACCCUGUGGAACUGCAACAAGAGUAACUGGGGCUCUCACAACUGCAACCACAGCGAGGAUGCGGGGGUGGAGUGCAGCUGACCUGCAGGCCUCCGGCUGCCCCCUCC